AGUGUUUGGCCAAAGAGUGUCUGGUGUAGCAGGGAAGCAGGCUUACAUAAAGUACAUCUGUAACAGUCAACCCUGGCCACAUCAACAGCCUGUACGGACCCCUUGCUCCCCCCUCCCCCAUCUCAACAAUCCCUAAAAGUUUGCUCCUUUACCAUUUUCUUCUUGUUUUUUCAUCCCCAUCAAAAUUUUCUGUCCCUGUUAUAAGCUUUAAGAACAUUGAAUAGCCAAAUUUGUUGAGCAAGAAUUGAUCUUUCCCAACUUUAAGAGGUAAAAGUUUUUUGUGUGAUGAGGCUCCAAAGCUGGUGACGAAUGGAAGAUUCUGGCCUGGCAUUGAUCUCUUAUCUGUUGUUAUAAUAACUUGGAACUCUCAUGAUGUCGUGGUUCAAUCGCUCAGGAAUCAAUUUGAUUAACUGCUUCUUUCAUUUUGCUGAAUGGCAUCCGAUUGAAUAACAAAGUUGAACUCGGGUGGAUGCCCGAAUAGCGUUUUCCUCUUUUUAAGGUUCUUGAAUCAAAUUGUUUGAUUGUGCUGUAUAUUAGUGUACUCCAUUGGGACGUAUUUCUGUUGUUUUGGAUGUCUGUGAUGAUGCAUUCUGUUGAUGAAGUUACAGAAAUGGGGUGCUGUGGAUGUUUAGGAUUCUCUUUUGCAAGAAAACCAAAAAAGGUUGGUAGGCCUAAUAGGGGAUAUGGAAACAGCUGGUCACAUGAACCAUUGUUACAACAAGAGGUUGAAGAAGUGGAAGAUGAUGGCUUUGAUAGUGGCGAUAUAAUUGAUACUGGUACUGAGGAUGAUGAAGUGUGUCAUAGCCCGGUUAAACAUUCUGAAGAGAUUCUCAUGGAAAGAGCUCAGAAUGGGUUAAUUUGCAGGGAGAUCCCCGUCAAGGAAACACACAAAGUUGUGCGCACAGAGGAUGAAGAUGGGAACAAGAUGGUUAACGAGUAUGCCCGUGAAUACAAAAUUGGCGCUGGUAGCUACGGUAAAGUGGUACUUUAUAGAAGUUCCACUGAUGGAAAGCAUUAUGCCAUUAAGGCCUUUCACAAGUCUCACUUAUUAAAGUUGCGGGUGGCACCUUCAGAAACUGCUAUGGGUGAUGUUCUUCGUGAGGUUUCGAUCAUGAAAAUGCUGUGCCAUCCCAAUAUAGUUAAUCUUAUUGAGGUGAUUGAUGACCCAGAAACAGAUAACUUCUACAUGGUUCUUGAGUACGUGGAAGGAAAAUGGGUUUGUGAGGAUUCUGGUCCGCCAUGUGUUCUUGAAGAAAAUAAAGCACGGCAGUACUUGCGUGAUAUAGUGUCUGGCUUGAUGUAUCUGCAUUCUCAUAAUAUUAUACACGGGGAUAUUAAGCCAGACAAUCUUUUAGUGACUGCUUCUGGCAGGGUGAAGAUUGGCGAUUUCAGCGUCAGCCAAGUUUUUGAGGAUGAUAAUGAUAAGCUUCGUCGAUCUCCUGGCACUCCUGUUUUCACUGCUCCUGAAUGCUGCGUAGGAGAUAGAUAUCACGGAAAAGCUGCUGACACGUGGGCGGUUGGUGUUACCCUUUAUUGCAUGAUCUUAGGAAAAUACCCGUUUCUAGGAGACACUCUCCAGGAUACAUAUGACAAGAUAGUAAAUAACCCCAUCAUUCUCCCUGACGAUAUGAAUCCGCUACUGAAGAAUUUACUAGAGGGGCUUCUCUGUAAAGAUCCAACACAAAGGCUGACUCUCGAAGAUGUUUCUCAACACGAGUGGUUCAUAGGAGAUGAAGGUCCCAUUCCUCAGUAUCCGUGUUGGUGCCAGCGUGAAAAGUUGCAAAAAGAUGUACCUGAUGGGAGCGCGGUGGAUACUCCUACUUGAUUUAACUGCAGAAUGUUCUAGCAUGUGAUUAUAAUGUUCCGUUCUCUCUUCUAAGUACUUGUAGGACGAUAAACUAGAAUGUCUUUUUUCGACAAAUUGCACUUGCAGGAUGUUAUGUAAAGGAUGGUAGAAAAAGAGAGGUUCGAGUAAAUUUUGUUCGGUUUCUGUCAUACUCCGAGGGUACUGGUUCAGUUGUAAUGGCAGGGAGACACCGCGAUAUGUUUUCGUGGUUUUUGUUGUUAGUGGUGAUGGUGCAAGUUUUGUGUUUUGAUACUUAGCAGAAAGCCAGCAUAUUUGCUUUUGUGGAUAUUUGUAUGUGUUUUUAUAUGAAAGAAGAAUUUUCAUA